UGCUAAUUAAUCGUCCUACCUGUUUCCUUGAUCUUGAGCCUCCUCCACGUCAAUCAAUCCCACUGUCUUUUCCCUUUCUUUUCUCAUUCCUUAAACUUUGAGCAUAUUCUCCUUUGUCUGCACCGCAAGAGGAUCGCGCAAGCCAUGACGACAGAUCGACUGGCAUCAACUUAAUCUCACUUACCCUAGACUAGCGUCGAACCCGCCGAAACCGACCAUCAGUCACAUGCAUCCGCGCCCAGCGCACUCAACCACGUCCCUCCUUCCAGCGCCCGUACACCCUCUUCCACGCAUCGCAGUCACGCGCCCCGUGCCCAUGGAGCCCGUCGUGUACGAAGAAACACCCCUCGCCGCAUACCUGCGCGCCGAUGCCGGCUCUGGCGACGAGAGCGAAUGGGGCGCCGCAGUACAGCAACAUGACGACGACGACGACGUGGACGGCCACGAUCAGAGCAGUGUCAUGUCCACAUCGCCCAGCCCGAGUCCUCGCUUCGCGCCAACGGGGCGACCGCAUAUUCGAGGUGGCCCCAAGAAGAGUGCUGCGCUACCGAGACUGGACAUACGACCCCUGGGAAGAGGCGGUACGGCGCAGGGGGGUCUCAAGAGGAACUACAGCACAGCCAUGGCGGCGAGCAUCGACCGGGCGGACAAUGCAAAGUUUCUCGAAAAGUUCAGAUACGUAAUCGUGGCGUCGCAGUUGCUCAGCGGGCAUUCGAUACCGGGCCCGUCGCAGGGGCCCCUCGACCCGGGCGAGGGCAUGGCAGGGUCGGACGGGCCGACGUUCUCGACUGAGGGGAUGGCGGCGUCUGUUCUGGGCGCGUUGGCCGUCGCGACGGUGUUGAGCUGGGUACUGGGCAAGGGAACGACCCGUGUGACGAAGAAGAGGCUGGUGUUUCUGGUGGCGCUGGCUGCGGCGGGUGUGCUCGUCGGCCAGGUCUACAUGAAGAGGCAGUGGCUACGAUAUCGGAGAGAGCAGUCGCUUGCAGAGGUGGCAGCGUUUGUGGCGGCCUCGCAAGAGUUAGACGGGGUCGUCGGGUCGGCACUCUCGCUGAUUCAGGAUGUCGGCCUCGUAUCGCGAGGAUACCGGAUCUCUGCGCCGCUACCCCCCGUCUCGCGCAUUGAGGACAAGGUCCAAGAUCGCAAGUGUGCGCGCCUGCGCAAAGCGCUCCGAUCGACCAUCGCAGACGUGCUGAAGACGUACAUACAGGUGUCGACGGUUGUCCGCGGGUUCGCCGAGCAGACAAAUCUGGAGAAGUACCUCGACAUCUACGAGAUAAGCGACUUUGACAUUUCCGACGCCAACCGCGGCUUCGACGAGGAAGAAUUCGACGACCCAGAAUCGCUGCGCACCCUCAAGAUCGCGGCGAGCCGGUUCCACAUCAUCCGCAAAGUGUUCCUGUGCUCCCUGCUGGCGUUGGAUGCGAACGGGGAGAGCUCGGACCUGAUGCGCUGGACAACGGCCGUCGAAGCCCUGAGGAGCUUGAACGACAGCACCAAAGCAAGCAUGGUCAAACUGCGCGAUCUACUGCACGAGGAGGAGUCGUUUCCGCCUCCCUCGGCCCCGAAGACACCUCUGACACCGGGGAGGGAACGAUGGCGAUCACAGCUGCAUAAGCUCAACUCGCUGGGCUCGGGCAUCCGUGGCCUGGGGGCCAAACUGCAACUACUGCGCGAGGAGUCCGACCGGGCGCUCAACGACUCGCAGGACCUGACGGAGCUGGCCCCUCACCUCCUGACACAGUACGAGUCCAUCGGCAGCGACCUCAAGGAGCUCAUGGCUGUGUGGGAGGAGGGCAAGGCCGCGCUUGCCCAGGGCAUCGACCGCAACGAGAAGAGGCUCUCCUCGAUGAGCGCGCUCAUCUCGCCGACCACAUCCCUGAGCGGCCUCACCACGGUGGACGAGGAGGGCGACGCCGCCGCGGCGCUCAAGAAGCUCACGGGCGAGUCUCCGCUACCGUCAGACGAGCCGGAGCGUGAGGUGUUUGAGGCUGUGGCGCUGCCCCGACAGCGCAGCACGUUGACGCGAGAGGAGCGGAUCGCCAAGGUGAAGGAGGAGAGGGAGCAGAGAGCGACGGCACGACAACACGUGGAGGCCACGAGGGGCAUGAUGAAGGAGUUGGAGACCGUCAUCAACCUCCGCCCUCGCACCAGGACGAGCGCGCCUCCUGGGAAUACAAGGGUCAUGUCCAUGUGAAGGGCUUUCCCCCUUUGUUUCCCCACUGACUAUCAGUCGCACAAAUCGCGGACAACAGCGGCUGCUGAAGCAGCAUACGAUACCACGAUCUUUUUUUCCCUUUCUUUUUUUCGUCUUUACUUAUUUGUUCUUGGACAUAAUAUGGGCGAUGCACUCAUCGCUGUACAAACUACGGCUUCGUAGCCACCACAUGAGGCAUGGGCUUUCUGGUGCACGAACCCGGAGAAGGCUCAGGGAGACCUUCGUCUUUCCUCUGUCUCUACUUGCUUGCUGGUUGGAAUUAAAAAAUGCAUAGUCUGGCGUCGGGGAUUGCUGGGUCUCGCAUUGGGACAGACAUGUACAUAGUACGCACAUAACCUGGGUCGCUGCAGAAUGUGCCGCCCAGCGAAUCAAUUUGCAAUAAUUGGCACAAUGAAUUACUUGCACGAGGGCGCCUGACUGAUCUCAUCGGCCUCUUAAUUAAAUAAAUG